GUGUGAAGCCUGAGGCGGAGUCUGUGCACAGUGCUGCUUUAUAACUCAAGCACUUGCGUGCACACACACACACACACACACACCUGCUGCCACUCGAGCUGAAGAUUCCUCUCUUUCUCACCACUCAACACAUUAAUGGCUAACUGGAUUGUAAACCAUGGACUGGAAACCUUUAUUUUGGUGGUGUGGAUGGGCAUCAACAUUUUCUUGUUCGUUCACUUUUAUCUCUUCUAUGACUCGGGGCCUCAGUUCUUCUACACCCGUGUGCUGAUCGGGUCUGCUCUUUCCUGGGCAAGAGCUCCAGCUGCUGUUCUCAACUUUAACUGCAUGCUCAUCCUCCUGCCCGUGUGUCGCAACCUGCUGUCUCUGAUCCGUGGCUCCUUCAUGUGCUGUGGACGAACGUUGCGGAAACAGCUGGACAAAAAUCUUACCUUCCACAAACUGGUUGCCUACAUGAUUGGGUUGAUGACCGCGGUUCACACCAUUGCCCAUUUGCUGAAUGUGGAAUGGUUUAUUGGUUGCCGUCAUGAACAUUACGGUCCCCUUGCCGGGAAUCUCUCCAUGUUGGAGGAUGACGAAGAUGAUCAUACCACUUUCCUCAAUCCGAUCCAGUCUGACUCUACGACACCACUUCUAUUUGCUUUCACUACCAUUGCUGGCCUUACAGGAGUUGUGAUCACCCUCGCUCUUAUCCUCAUGAUUACAUCAUCGAUGGAGGUGAUACGGCGAAGCUAUUUUGAGGUGUUCUGGUACACCCAUCACCUCUUCAUCAUUUUCUUUGCAGGCCUAGUCUUUCAUGGGGCAGGGCGCAUUGUGCGAAGUCAGAUGGCUGUCCCGUUCCACAACACUAGCUACUGCAAAGAUUAUCCAGAGAAGUGGGGUCACAUUCCUGAAUGUCCCAUUCCUCAGUUUGCAGGAGGGUUUCCUCAGACUUGGAUGUGGGUGAUUGGUCCUAUGGUCAUUUACAUAUGUGAGAGGGUGUUGCGCUUUAUUCGCUAUGUCCAGGCUGUAAAUUACAAAAAGAUUGUGAUGCAUCCAUCCAAAGUCCUGGAGCUGCAAUUAGUGAAGUCUGGAUUUAAAAUGGAUGUAGGACAGUAUGUCUUUGUGAACUGUCCAGCCAUCUCACAACUCGAAUGGCACCCAUUUACAAUGACCUCGGCACCUGAGGAGGACUUCUUCAGUUUACACAUACGGUCGGUCGGGGACUGGACCGAGAAGCUCAUCAACAUGGUAGAAAAAUUACCAGAAGGGAGUCAAGGACCCAUGUUAGGUGUGGACGGUCCGUUUGGAACAGCCAGUGAAGAUGUGUUUGAUUACGAGGUCAGCAUGCUGGUGGGUGCCGGCAUUGGCGUGACUCCAUUUGCUUCCAUCUUGAAGUCCAUUUGGUAUAAAUUCAAAGUUUCCAACCCCAAGCUACGCACCAGGAAGAUUUACUUUUACUGGUUGUGCAGAGAGACACAUGCCUUUGAGUGGUUUGCAGAUCUGCUUCAGGUGCUUGAGAGAGAGAUGGAGGAGAGAGACAUGAAGGACUUUCUUACAUACAAACUCUUUCUUACUGGAUGGGAUCAUACACAUGCAGCCCAUGUAAUGGUGCAUUUUGACAAAGACACUGAUGUUAUCACUGGUCUGAAGCAGAAGACUCACUAUGGAAGACCAAACUGGGACAAGGAAUUUGAGCAAGUGCGACAAGAGAACCCCUCGUCAGUAGUCGGUACUUUCCUGUGUGGCCCGGCCGCCUUGGCUAAAGAUUUGGAAAAUAAAUGUGCGAAAUAUUCAGAAGUUGAUUUGCGGAAGACCAGAUUUUACUUCAACAAAGAGAACUUUUGAGCAGUUGUUGCAAAGCAACUAGAUUAACCAGAAGGACAAGCCCUUCAGUGCGCCAUGCCUUUUCCAGCCUUGAUGGCGUUCUUCAGGUGUAGCCCUGAAAUCAUUUAGAAACAAACUACUUUGCAGAGACAAAAAUGUCCUAAGCUGAGCUCUCCACAGCAAAACCAGUCUGUGUGUGUUUUCUCUAAUGUUGGCAUGUGGAUGUUAUAUCAGUAUAGUAAAUAUGUCUGCAUUUAUCUUUCUUUCUUGCUUUCAGCAAUCACAAACUGUGUAUUAUCACCUUAUAUCCCAUAUCUAACUUGGACACAUCUGAAAGUGAUUUUUUUUUUUAUUGUUUUGUAUGACAAAUAAAGGUACUUGUGACUAUAA